CAGGCCUCCUCAGUAUCCCGCCACAUGUCCAAACCAAUUCGGGCAGCGCGAUUUGAUGAGUCUUCGCUCUUAGAUGGUUUCGAAGGGCACAAGCUGCUACACGAGGCCAUCCAGCAAUACGGUGGCAAUGAACGAUCAAGGCGAAACUUCCAGAGAGAGAAGACUCCUGAGUUUGCUGGAGGUCCAAGAAACAGAGGCAGUGAUGCCUUUCGAAUGGGGCACCGCCGGUUGCGCCGUGAACGCAAACGCCCAGGGAGCGCCAUUAGGACGGUUGCUGACCUGAUGCGGAACUGGACCACAUACCAGCCAGAGGAUCCUCAGAAGGCUGCGAAGCCUGCUGAUGUCACCCUUGAUGCUCCGGACGACAAAAGUUCGCUUGCUGAGAGUGUCAUCCUGCACAACAAAGUGCUGUCAGGCUUGUCGGCUCUACAGCGUUUGGAACACGAACUCGAGCUAACGUUUCGGGCUGUUCAGGAAACCAGACGCGAAGGGCUCAGAGAAUGGAAUGAAGAUGCUCCAAGCGCACGGCCCGUUGUCAACACCGGAGAAGAAGUCUCCUUGUCGUUAGAGCUUCAAGGGUCCGUUCGGACGAGCUACGGCAAGGCACAUUCACUCGUGCUGCGAGUACCAUGGGCCUUUGAGAUUCUGCCAGGCUCUGCUACAGGCUCUGCCCCAGGUGGGUCCACUCCAUCAAGGCCAUGCACGCCCAGGCUGGAGACACCCUCUGUGGAUGCUGGCUUUGCUUCUGCUGGUGAAGGUGAUACGCCUCGCUGGACUCGUUGGAGCGAUGGCAAGCGGAGGGCACCAGGCUGCAAGAUGACGGGCGACCAUUGCCAUGCCUUGAAUAUUUGCCUUCAGGAACGGGUGCCAGAAACACUGCUACUGCAGAGACUACCUGCUGGAGAUUUAGGUUCUUGGAAUGCUCCUGACCCGGCCAAUCGACAGCCCAACAGAUCUGAGUGGUUGCGCUACGUGGAAGAGGAAUGCGCGACCCGAGAGGAGACUUUGAUCACCAGGUUGGAUCAACAUCUUCAGGUAAGACAGGAAGCGCGAAUGUCUGACGAGGAAGAUGGCCACUUAAGGCUCCAAAGAGAGCUGCCACAGGGAUGUCGACUGGAGGACUAUUUGACUGAUAUUCGUGAAGUGAUUCGCUUUAUUCGCCAUGGUCUGCCCGCAGCUGCACGACUGUUGGAAGGGGCUGUGAAAGGUGCUGUUUUGGCGGUUGAUUCAGAAUUGGAAGCUACACAGCAGGAACUGGCAAGACGAAAGGUCAGCCAAGAUGCCUUAGCAGAAGCUCACAUGGAAAUUGAGCAGCUGAGGGACGAUUUGGCUGCGACCCAGCAACAGAAUGCAGAGCUAAAGAAGCAACUCUCCAUGGCGGACGAUGUGAAGCAGACCGAGUUGAAAUUUCCAUCUUCUAUGUCUUUGUUACCCUCUCCGUCACCAAGCUUGAAAUUUCCAUCUUCUAUGUCUUUGUUACCCUCUCCGUCACCAAGCAUCCGAAGUGUGACGUCUCCAAGAAACCGCUGAGUGCAAGUGGGUCAAGUGUGGCGAUGGGAAGAUCCCUUUUGCCGCAUUUCGCUUUCAAGACUUUCACCCUCAAGCUGAAAUGGAGCUUCAACGGGUCAAAUGGAGUCGAUGCUGAGUGCUUUGGCAUAAAGCUCAAAGAUAAGAACAGGAUCCAAC